AUGGCGGAAAACAAUGUAAAUCAUAGCAACAUGGCGAAAACAGUAGCGGAGUCUAAGACAUCGAAAGAUAAGACGGCGAAGGAUUUGGAAAGUUUUAUUGAGGCGGAUAGCGAUGAAGACGGACAUGAGAUCGCUGAAAGGCUUAAUAGGCUCACAGAAGUAUUAGAGAAGUUCUAUAAUAUUCAAUAUGUUAUUAGAGAGAAACGUAAAUCAACGGUGCAUGAAGGUGAAACUGCAGAACAGGUCGCGGAAAGAAUAGAUGCAGAAGAAGAUGAGAUAGAAGUAGAGUUCGAGGAUAGCUAUUAUAGGUUAGUGGCGCUAGCGAAACGUAGGUUAGAAGAACGACGUCCAACCGUUGAGCAAGCCGCAGUAGCAAGCCUAAGAACAAUCAAGAAAUCAGGGUUUAGUCAAUGGUUGCAAUUCAAAGAUGCGUUUCUGUCAUUAAUUGAUAAGGAUGAGGCAUUAUCGGAUGUCCAAAAACUUCAAUAUCUGAGGGGCACGUUAAAAGAGGAAGCAUUGCAUUUUGUAGAAGGAUUAGAGACCACCGCAGAGAAUUAUAAAAUCGCGUGGGAAUUACUGACUAAACAUUAUGAAAAUCGAAGACUCAUUAUCAACAAGCACUUAAAAGAAUUGGUUGAAACAGCAUCAAUAGCAAAGAGCAGCGGAGCUGCAAUUAGACAAUUUGUAAAUCACAUAAGGAUGCAUGUCAAGGCAUUGGACACGUUAAAGUUACCGGUGCAGCAAUGGGAUGCGAUUUUAAUUUAUUUAGCAUCUACCAAAUUAGAUUAUCAUACGCGCAGGGAAUGGGAAGAACAUAUACGUCAAGCUGGGCUGAGCGAGGUGCCGCGAAUGGAGGAGCUGUUUGAAUUCCUAACUGGAAAAUACCACAUGUUAGAAAUGGUAGAAAAAGAAAAAUCAACAUCCGAAACGCAUAAACACAAUGAAAAGAAGCGCGAGAAAUCAAUAGCAUUAGCAUCUACGGCAGGCCAGGAAUGCGAGUAUUGCAAGGGCGGACAUCGCAUAUAUAGUUGCGAUAAACUAUUAAAGUUGCCUAUAGUAUCACGUAUUAGUGAGAUAAAACAACUAAUACUCUGUCUUAAUUGUUUGAGAAAAGGACAUUGGAACAAGGAGUGUAGGUCAUCAGGCUGCAAAAUAUGUAAGGCCAAACACAACUCCCUGCUGCAUAUAGAAAAAAAAGAAGGCGCAAAUCAGGAAGAUUCCAGCGGCACCGCUAUUACCACUCAUUGUACAAAGGAUUGGCAACAGGUAUUGUUAUCAACAGCCAGAGUAUACGUAUUUGAUAUAAAUGGACGACAGCACAGUUGUCGGGUGCUCCUUGAUCCCGGUUCCCAGUCAAAUUUAGUAACCAAGGCAUUGGUGGACAAGCUGCAUUUAUCGUCAAGCGUAGUAAAUGUUCCUAUUAGUGGAAUAAAUCAAAAUAAGAUUCAUAUUUCUCAAUCAAUAACACUAGUAAUACAAUCGCGAUAUAACAAUAAAAGGUUUGAAUUGAAUUGCUUAGUAUUGCAGAAGAUCACGGAAUGCAUACCGCAGACAAGAAUGGAUACCACGCGACUAAAGAUACCUGAUUGCCUAAAGCUGGCAGACGAAGAAUAUUAUAAACCAGGAGUUAUAGAAGUAUUAAUUGGUGCAGAUACGUUUUGGCAAAUUCUACAGGAUGACCACAUAGAUCUGCUUCCAGGACAGCCAAGGAUACAAAGUACAUCCUUGGGGUGGAUUCUGGGAGGACGACUUGAAAACAAGAUAGAUGGCGGCAGAAUAGCAUGCAAUCUAUUAACCAACGAAGAAUUGAGUCAACAAUUGGAAAGAUUCUGGCAGCCAGAGGAAGUCAACGGACCAGAGUAUCAUUCGCAGGAAGAACAAUUGUGCGAAAAUCAUUUUAAAACUCACGUGCAGAGAAACUCAGAUGGUCGGUUUAUAGUGGCACUACCUCGGAGAGACGAUAUAAUACUUGGUGACUCCUAUAAGACAGCAUUGAAAAGGUUACUCGCUUUGGAAAGAUGA